AUGGGCAGCACCGGCGACGAUAUACACACCCUACCGCCACCAGCGAAAGACCAAGUCUACGUCAAAGUCGCAGCGCUCCAUGGAGGGUUCCUAACGCUGCCUGAAAAGCUAUUCGUGUCGAACCCCGAGCCCGACAAAGCCGCGACGGUACCUUCUCUGUGUUUCUUGAUCGAACAUCCUUCUACCGGAAAACAUCGUCCACAUCGUAUUGUCUUCGAUCUCGGCCUUAAACGGAACGCAAACGAUUAUGUCGAAGGGAUGCGCCACCAUAUCCAAAAUCGUCAACCUAUCAUUCACCUUCCAGAUGCGCGGGCCAGUCUUCGAGCGGGUGGUUUGGGUGCGGCGACGGAUAUCGAUACCGUGGUUUUGAGUCAUAUACACUGGGAUCAUGUUGGCACACCGUCAGACUAUUCGCGGGCGAUGUUCGUGGUCGGGAGUGGUACAUUCCAUGCUCUUGAGCACGGUGUACCACACUAUCCCAGCGAGAUGAUGGAGGUGGACUUGCUUCCAGAGGGUCGAUCACUUGAAUUACCACCGGUGCCAUCAUCUCAGCACAAGGCAUUCGCAGCGCCGAAAGAGCAGCAGAAUCCACAAACCUGGGACCGGCUCGCUGAUACGGUGGACGCAAUCGACUUCUUUGGCGACGGAAGCAUGUAUAUUGUGGACAGCCCCGGUCAUAUCCUUGGCCAUCUCAACGCACUGCUGCGGGUGAGUCCAGACAAAUGGAUAUUCCUGGGAGGAGACUGUGCACACGACCGAAGAUUGAUUACCGGAGAAAUGGACAUCGCCGUGUACAGUGAUGGGUGUGGAGGAGUCCGCAGUGUGCAUUCCGACUUGCCGACCGCGCGCCAAACGUUGUCCAGCAUUCGCAAGUUGCUUGCAUUGAAUGAAGAUUCGGUGGAGUGGGUGGUGGCCCAUGAUGGAAAUUGGGCGGCUGAAAAUGCGCAUCGCUUCUACCCGGGUUACAUGUAG